AGUUGAAGUGUAAUUUGGACAGUGUCAACACAGCCGCUCAGCUCAGCAGGCCAGCCACCGUGUAGCGGCGGCGUGUAAAUGACAUUGCAACCGGGGAAAGGGUAUCGUUAAGCUAACAACGCAGUCAUGAACAGCCAGCUACGGGCCUCCGGGUGACCUGACAGCCACAGCACAGUCGCCGAGUUGCCGUAUAGUUAGAUGACGACCGAGAAAAACGAUGGAUAAAAGGUUGAAGGCAUCCUCUCUUGAUUUAGCUUGUCUGGUGUUAGUAUGAGUGAAGUAGGUGUUUGUGUAUUCACUGUGUGAAUUUGUCCAGGCCAUGCAAUGUCAGUAAGGUAAAUGGCUGUUUAGCAAGAUCUGACUGAGGAUACCACUCCUUGUCUAAAUCUAAGUGUAUGUGCCGGUGACGUCAGCCAUGUUUUGGAAGUUUGACUUACACACAUCGUCUCAUCUGGAAGCUUUACUGGACAAGGAGGAUGUCACGCUUGCUGAGCUCAUGGAUGAGGAAGAUGUGCUGCAAGAGUGCAAAGCCCAGAAUAGGAGACUUCUCCUGUUCUUGUGCCAGGACCAGUGCAUGCAGGAGCUGGUCCACAUGAUUACUACAGAGCCCCCUGCUGGUAUAGAGGACAUCAAGCGCUUUAAGUAUCCAAAUAUAGCAUGUGAGCUGUUGACAUGUGAUGUGGGAGUGAUCAAUGAUAAGCUGGGUAAUGAGGAGCCUCUGCUGGAAAGUCUGUAUGCCUUCCUGGAGCAACCAUCCCCACUUAAUCCCCUCCUGGCAUCUUUCUUCAGCAAGACAAUUGGGAACCUCAUCACUCGGAAGACUGAGCAGGUGAUCAAUUUCCUGCGACGAAAGGAGGGAUUCCUUUCUUUGGUUCUGAAGCAUAUUGACACAUCGGCCAUGAUGGAUGUGCUCCUACGACUCAUCAGCUGUGUGGAGCCACCCCCUCUUCGUCUUGAGACUCUUACUUGGUUGAAUGAAGAGAAGCUGGCCCAAAGACUCAUAGAGCUCAUUCAUCCUGAGAGAGAUGAAGAGAGGCAGUCCAAUGCAUCUCAGACUUUGUGUGACAUCAUUCGUCUGAGCAGAGACCAGGCCAAUCAGUUCCAAGAGAUGUCACAGCCUGAUCCUCUGCUGACUGUGCUGGAAUCGCAGGAGUGUGUGGAGCAGUUGUUGCAGAAUAUGUUCUCAGGAGAGAGGACUGAGAGCUGUAUCGCCAAUGGAAUUCAAGUUCUUCUGACAUUAUUGGAAAUCCGGAGGCCUGUCGUGGAUGGUGUAAUGGAUGCUCAGGGAUUUGAGAGAAGUUACACUGUUAACAGCAGCAUUCUGCUGGCCAUUCAGCCACACCUGGUACACUUCCACCAGCUGCUUCUGGAGCCACCUAAGCGAAGUCCUAUGCUGACAACUCUGGGUGUGCUGGAGGAACCGUUGGGGAACACACGGCUGCAUGUAGCCAGACUGGUGGCCUCUCUGCUGUAUACCAGCUCUGCUAGCCAUGCAGUUGUAGCACAGGAACUCUGCCGGCUCAAUACAAUGGACCUGCUUCUGGACUUGUUCUUCAAGUACACAUGGAACAACUUCCUGCACCUCCAAGUGGAGCUCUGUGUUGCUGCCAUCCUCCGGCCCUGCGCCCAUGAAAUGAGACUUCAGCCUGGCUUGGGAUCCCAGGAAAAAUUCCAGCCUCUUCAGGAUGUGUUGCAAGAGCAGACUUUGACUGACACGCAGACUUCUGAAACUCCAGUCACCUCUGAAAACUCUGCACACAAUUUAAUGGUGACCCAUUUGUUUCAGCACUGCCACCUUGUCCAGAGGAUUUUACAGGCUUGGGAGGAGAAUGAUAAAACACAGUCAGAAGGUGGUAUGAGAAGAGGCUACAUGGGACAUCUGACCAGGAUUGCCAACACAGUAGUCCACAACCUAGAGAAAGGCCCAGUCCAUGCCCAGAUUAGUAGCCUCAUCACAGAACUGCCAGAUGACUACAGAGGGCGCUGGGAAACCUUUGUGGACCAGACCCUGUCAGAGACCAAUAGGAAAAACACCAUAGAUCUGGUUGGCAGUGGAAACCCACGCCCUUCCUCAGAGGAUGAUAUGGAGAGCCCCUUCCCUAAAGAACUGACAAUACAGCAGGCAUUUUCAGACUACCAGAUCCAGCAGAUGACUGCUAACUUUGUAGAUCAGUUUGGCUUCAAUGAUGAGGAAUUCACUGAUCACGACAACAGCAUUGGAGCAACGUUUGAGCGGAUUGCAGAGAUCAAUAUCAACAUUGAUGCAGGCCAGGACAGCAGAAAUACAGCUGUGUUUGAGGCCUGUUCCAAGGAGAGGAUUCAGCCCUUUGAUGAUGAUGAAGAGGACAUCUGGGAGGAGAAAGAGAUCAACUAUGCAACACAAACAAAAUCCCGUAACAGGUUUGGUGGGUCACAGUCUCAGAGCCACACAAGUACGGCCUCUGAUAGGACAACAGGUUCUGGAACUGAGGCCUCUGACAGGGCAGCAGACUCAGACUCUGAGGAAGAAGAGGAGCCUAAAGAUGACCUGGAUCCUUUCUCAAGCCAGUGUGGCCACACUGAGACAACAAAGAGCACUGGCUGGAUCGCAGACUUUGGGGAGGUGAACUCAAAGGCUCCCGCAGCAGGUGUGGGAUUCGCAGCCUGGGACACUUCAUUCUCCCAGCCAGCUGCCACAGAGGCAGAGGAGAAGGGCUGGGCCAAGUUCACAGACUUCCAGCCUUUCUGUUGCUCUGAAACAGGUCCUAGAUGCAGUUCUCCUGUGGACUCAGAGCUCAGCGGAUCAGACAGCACCAAACCAAACCAGAACCCCUGUGUGUGGAGUGUGUGUGUGGCAAGAAAAGCUCCACUUGUGGCAUCAGACAGCUCCUCUUCCAGCAGCUCAGACAGUGAUGAAGAAGAGAGCAAGACAGAGUCUGCAUCCACUGAGACCAUCACCACAGAGACCAUCACCACAGGUGCUGGCAAGGAGACCAUCCGACUCACUGUGGACGCCAAAAAUGAGAGGGCAGUAUUCACCAGCGAAGCAGAUAAGGUGCCAGUAGAGGGACUCUCCGUCAAAGACAAAGGGAAAGGCAAUGAGAAAGACAGUGAAAAGGGAAAGAAACAUGGAGACUUUCCCAGCCCAACUACAGCCAGUCCAACCAACCAGUCGGCUGCUGUCACACAAGAGACGCAGCCCUCUGCCAAUGGACCAGCCUAACAACGCGGUACAGGCACACACACACACAUGCUCAUCACCUGCCCAUUCAAGACACAUGCCACCUUUGCUUCCUGUUAGCAGUCCCCUUAUGCCUUUUUUGUGUCUGAAGACAUGCAAGCGAAAUGGGAGAUCCUCCAUGUUGAGAUCAGACAGCCCUCAACAGUAUGUAUGUUGGAUACCACAAAAGUACUCAUGGGUACUAUUGAUGUCUCCACUGCGCCUCCAUGACAUAAUCACAACUGAACCGCUUCAAAGAGAAAUGUGUGUUUUUAAAGAACAUUUCAUCAUGCCAGACCCCCAAAUGCCAAAUUGUGUCACACAUGAACUAUUUGAACUUGGGAAAUUUAAAAAAAAAAAAAAAAAACUAUAUAA